AUGGGCGCUUCUCUCAUCAAGAAGCUAAGGGAGCUGUGCCAGGUUGUCAGCUCCGAGGGCCAGGGACACAAUGCCGCUGUAAUCCUGGCGAGUCCUGGACUCACAAACAUCGUGGUGGACAAUGAAGCCUUCACCCAGGAGCUCGUCUCUUGGCUAGGUGAGCAUGAGGGUGGCCAGUUUCAUCUGCUCUCGGCCAUUGUUGAUGGCAUUCCCGCUUCACUGUCGUCCAAGAAGACUCCAUCCGAGGGCAUUGCAGUCCUGCGGGGCCCCUCAGACGUGAUACUCCCCCAAUUGGGGAAUCCUGAAUUCCUCAGAGACAGGCGCGAUCACGACACGGUGGGAGCCCUGAGUUUCAGCGGCCUUGGCGACCCAUCAUCGUCAACCAUUGCCGUGCCUCUGACGCGCACGAUCUUCCACAACGCCAGGCCGUCAACAUUGAUCGCCUCUCGCUUCGACCUGACUACGCCGGGAACCCCUCGGUUGAUUGAGAGCGGCGAAGCUGUGAGGCAACACAUCAAUCUGGCGGAUUCAACUGUUUCUGGCGGGAAGUCCUCUAGACGGCAACCUCAUCUAUGGCUGCCUCUAACGUCGGUGAGCUCAUCGAGAAAGGUGACGGAGAGCUUUGGCAAUAUCCUCCGACGACUUGACCACGACGGGAAAUCAUCACCAGCAUCUUCGGAACUCGAGGCCAACAUAGGAACUAUCCGCAAAGCCAUUCUGGAUGCCUCGCCGGAGGUUGAGACGGCUCUCCCCGGGGUAUGGGCCGUGGUCGACCCCACACCUGGAGAGACCAUCAACUUCAGAAACUGGCAGAUCGACCACCCCAGAGACGUAGAUAUGGUGAGUGGUGGUGGCGGUUGGGGAGAUAAGGCAGGUCUCCUUUCACUCGACCCAGAAACGUCGCCCUUUGCAGCCUCGGAGGAGGAGAAUAUGCGCAACCUGUUUGGCAUCGGAGGCGCAUCCGACUACGCCCCUGUGGGGUCCGAGGUGCAGUUCUUCGUCCCCGAUCUCGUGGCCGGCGAGAGCCAUCCCCACGACAGCCACGGCCUCUUAUUUGGCGUAUCCCGGUACGACCCCGGGACGACGACAGCCGCCGAGCCCUUGGUAGACCAGCAGGAGGCGGAUAUCGCCGUGACGCCUGGCCGAUUUGGCGUGCUCUGUGAAGAAGGCAUAUACGUCUCGGGCGAGGAUGCCCGGCCAUUCAAGCUUAGCGUGCCAGGUUCACUCGUGAGCAUCCCCUAA